AUGCCUUCUCGUUCGGAAAUCACAUAUUUUGGUGCGGGACCUGCCCUCCUCCCAACCGAUGUUCUAGAAACCUCUGCGGCAGCUCUUGUCAAUUACAAUGGCACAGGUCUCGGUUUGGCAGAGCACUCACAUCGUUCCGAAAUUGCUGCGAAUGUUCUGAAUACUGCGAAAGCCGAUUUGGCAAAAUACCUGGAGAUACCAGAUGACUACGAAGUACUUUUUAUGCAGGGUGGUGGCACUGGGGAGUUCUCGGCAACAAUAUACAACAUGGUUGGAAUAUGGAUUGAGAAGAGGAAGCAGAAAAUUCUGAAGUCAUUGGGUAUUUCUUCUGAUAAGGAUAUUCCAGAAGAUGCUCUUGUGAAGGAGCUCCAACAGGCUGUGGAUGAGGAACUCAAGAUUGAUUAUUUGGUUACCGGUUCAUGGUCAUUAAAAGCUAGCCAAGAAGCCGCUCGAUUGGUUGGCUCAGAGCACGUUAAUAUUGUCGCAGAUGCUAGAAAGAUCAAUGAUGGUAAAUUCGGAAAAAUACCAGAGGAAAAGGAUUGGAAACUUUCCAAGAAUCCAGCCAUGGUUUACUAUUGCGACAAUGAGACCGUCGAUGGGGUCGAGUUCCCCGGUUUCCCAAAAGCUUUAGAGCCAACCAGUGAAGAUGAUGAGCCAAUUGUAGUGGCAGAUAUGUCUUCGAAUAUUUUGUCGAGACGCAUUCCUGUUAAGAACUUCUCCGUCAUAUUUUUCGGUGCUCAAAAGAACCUGGGUAGUACCGGAAUCACCGUUGUCAUUAUCAAGAAGAACCUCCUUCCCCCAGUCGUCGCAACUCCUGCGCCUACUCUAUUGAGAAAGCUUGGUUUACCAAUUGGUCCAAUUAUAUUCUCAUACGAAACAAUCGCCAAGAACAAUAGUCUCUACAACACCCUAAGCAUAUUCGACGUCUACAUCGCCGGACAAGUGCUCCAAAAACUCCUCGCCACCUACCCCAACGGAAUCGAAGGUCAAGAAUCCAUCUCCAACAAAAAAUCCUCCCUCAUUUACUCCGCACUCGACGCCAACCCUACCUCCUACAAAGUCGUCCCCGACGUAUCCGCCCGCUCAAGAAUGAACAUUUGUUUCCGCGUCACUACUUCCGAAAACAUCGCCGAUGCAGAAAAAGCAUUUUUAGCCGGAGCUACUGAAAGAGGUCUUACGGGUCUCAAAGGUCAUAGAAGUGUAGGAGGUAUCCGUGCCAGUAAUUAUAAUUCGAUUUCAUUGGAGGGCGCCCAAAAACUAGCGGAGUAUAUUAAUGAAUUUGCUAAGGGAAAGUAA